UUUUUCUUUUUUUUUUUUUUUAUCAACAGCAAGUUUAUUGUAUGGGCUGACCUGUUCAUCUUCGGACUUUAACCUCUGUUGGCUUUGGCCAUUGCUUAAAAGAAAAAAGGAAAAUCCUCAGCUUACGAUUCUCAAUCUUUCUUUCUGGUCAUUUUCUUAACGAAGAUACAUAGCACUUGACAUCUUUGUUGUAAUUGAAAAUCCAAAACCAACAUAUCUUCCAUCGUCCAUCCAUCACUCUAAAAACAAAAGAAAAUGGCCACUGCAACUCCUACUUUAGACUACGAUCGAAUGGAAGAAGUUAAAAAAUUCGACGAAUCCAAGAUGGGUGUCAAGGGCCUCUCAGAUUCUGGCAUCACUUCCAUUCCCAAAAUCUUCAUUCACGCACCAGAUACUCUAGCUGAUCUAAAGCCAAACUCAUCGCAUACAUCUCCUAGCAUACCCAUUAUCGACCUAUCCAACAUCUACUCCAACCACCACCGAGAACAAAUCAUUAGCCAAGUCAAGGAAGCUGCCACCAACUGGGGUUUCUUUCAAGUGAUCAACCAUGGUAUUUGUCAAUCGGUUCUUGACUCAACCUUGAAAGCUAUCAAAUCCUUCCAUGAGCAACCACAUGAAGUAAAAUCUAAGUACUAUACUCGAAAAGAAGGAAGUGGUGUAAUGUAUGCUAGUAAUAAUGAUUUGUACCGUACAAAGGCUGCUUGCUGGCACGACUCAUUGCAGAUGUGGAUGGCUCCGGUGCCGUUGAACACCGAGGAGAUACCGGAGAUAUGCAGAAAAGAGGUGAUGGAAUGGGAUGUGUGUGCUAAGAAAGUGAGUGAGGUUGUGAUGGAGUUGUUGAGUGAAGGAUUAGGGCUAGAGGCAGGGAAAUUCAAGGAGCUUACGUUUAGUGAUUCUAGGUGUAUGGUAGGUCACUGCUAUCCGUACUGUCCGCAGCCGAAUCUGACGGUAGGGAUUACGGCACAUACAGAUCCUGGUGUGGUGACAUUGCUGUUACAAGAUGAGAUUGGUGGGCUGCAGGUGAAGCAUGGUGAUGGGUGGGUGGAGGUGAAGCCCGUGCAUGGUGGGUUAAUUAUUAAUGUUGGGGACUUUCUUCAGAUAGUGUCAAAUGGGGAGUACAAAAGUGUGCAGCAUAGAGUGGUAGCAAACUCAUGUAAGAAACCAAGAAUUUCAGUAGUAGAAUUUUUCAAUCUAAGCAGGUGGAGAGAAAGUGGUUGCUAUGGGCCUUUACCAGAGCUGAUAUCGAAUGAAAAACCAGCCAUGUAUCGAGAUUUCACGAUGCAAGAGUGCCUUGAUAAUUUUUACAGUAAGGGGUUGGAUAGCAAGUCUCUUCUGGAUAAAAUCAAAAUAGGAAAUUAGUAUCAUUAUGAAGAAAUCAUUAUUAGAAUUAUGAAAAGGAAUGAUGGAAUCCUGAAAGUUUAUGCAAUAAAAGCAUGUUCAACA